AGUUAAACAAUACUACAAAUUAAGGAAAAUAAAUAUAUAAAGAUGAGACGAAUCCAAAUCUGUCUUCCUCUUUUCUUUUGCGUUUCUUCCUCUUUCUUCUCACUCUUUAGAUUUUUUUUCUCUGAGGUUUUCUCGGGACCAAAAAAUAUAACAUAUACUAUAUAAUUUGAUUCGAGAGAGAUCUGAACAGAGUCUCUUCAAUGGCAACGCUUCAGUCAUGGCGAAGAGCUUAUGGAGCCCUAAAAGACACCACCAAAGUCGGACUUGUCCGAGUCAAUAGCGAUUACGCCGAAUUAGAUGUUGCCAUAGUGAAAGCUACUAACCAUGUCGAGUGUCCUCCCAAAGAUCGUCAUCUUAAAAAAAUUUUCCUAGCAACAUCAGCAGUUCGGCCUCGAGCAGAUGUUGCUUACUGCAUUCAUGCUCUCUCCCGACGAUUGCACAAAACCAGAAACUGGACGGUUGCACUGAAAGCACUACUUGUCUUACACCGGCUUCUGAGGGAUGGUGAUCCUACAUUUAGAGAGGAGCUAUUGAAUUUUUCUCAAAAAGGACGCAUUAUGCAGAUUUCUAAUUUCAAAGAUGAGUCUAGCCCAACCGCCUGGGAUUGUUCUGGGUGGGUGCGUGCUUAUGCAUUAUUUCUUGAGGAACGGCUUGAAUGCUUCAGAGUUCUGAAAUAUGACAUGGAGGCUGAACGUCUUCCAAAAGUUUCUCCAGGGCAGGAGAAGGGGUAUAGCAAAACAAGGGAUUUAGAUGGUGAAAAACUCCUGGAACAGUUACCAGCGUUACAGCAGCUUCUGCAUCGUCUCAUUGGUUGCAAGCCAGAAGGUGCUGCAAAGCACAAUCGCAUAAUUCAAUAUGCACUCGCUCUGGUGUUGAAGGAGAGCUUUAAAGUAUAUUGUGCCAUCAAUGAAGGAAUAAUCAAUCUAGUAGAAAAGUUCUUUGAAAUGCCAAGACAUGAGGCCAUCAAGGCCCUUGAUAUAUACAAGCGCGCGGGUCUGCAGGCUGGCAAUCUUUCUGCUUUUUAUGAAGUUUGCAAAGGAUUAGAACUUGCAAGGAAUUUCCAGUUUCCUGUUUUAAGAGAGCCUCCACAAUCUUUUCUUGUAACAAUGGAGGAGUAUAUGAGAGAUGCACCUCAAAUGGUUGACGUCACAUCUGGGCCACUGCUUCUGACCUAUACGCCGGAUGAGGGGCUUGAUUCUGAAGAUGUUGAACCUUCGCAUGAAGAACAUGAACCGCCAUUGCCUUCAGAUGGUACCGUUGUUCUAUCUGAAGAGACACAACCUUCUUCGCAGCCUCCUCCUUCAGCAGAAACUCCACGGAAUAUCAUUGAUACAGAUGAUCUACUGGGUCUGAACGAUGAUGCACCUGAUCCGUUAGAAAUCCUAGACCAAAAUGCACUUGCUUUGGCCUUGGUUUCCACUGAUGAUGAUUUUUCGACGUUUGGUUUUGGUCAAGCAAGAGAUUUGGAUUCGUCAGGAUGGGAGCUUGCCCUGGUCACAACACCUAGCAAUGAUAUAUCUGCAGCCACUGAGAGACAAUUGGCGGGUGGCUUAGACACGCUCACCCUGAACAGUCUAUACGACAAUGGAGCCUACAUUGCUGCCCAACAGCCGGCCUAUGGCGCUCCAGCUCCCAAUCCAUUUGAGGUCCAAGACCCGUUUGCAUUUUCAAACAGCGUUGCACCGCCUUCAGCUGCAAACAACCCAUUUGGUCCCUACGAGCCAGCCUAUCAUCAGGAACAGCAAGAGCAGCAACCACAGCUUGAGGUUGCACCCAGCGCUGCAAAUCCUUUUGGUGAUUUUGGGGAAUUUCCAAUAGUCCCGGUUUCAGAACCACAAAGCACCACCGGCUUUGGAGAAUUUCCAGUAGUUCCGGUUUCAGAACCUUCAAACAUCACCGGUCUCGGGGCAUUUUCAGCAAUCCCGGUUUCAGAACCAUCAAACACCACCGGCUUUGGGGAAUUUCCAGUAGUCAAGGUUUCAGAACCACAAAACAGCACUGGGUUUGGGGCAUUUCCUGUAGACCAGGUUUCAGAACCGCCAAACACAACAGGUUUUGGGGCAUUUCCAGUAAUCCCGGUUUCAGAACCCCCAAAAACCACAGCCUUUGGGGAGUUUCCAGUAAUCCCGGUUUCAGAACCGCUUCCAGUGAUCCCGGUUACAGAAGCGCCAAAAACCACAGGUUUUGGGGAAUUUCCGGCAAUCCCCGUUUCAGAAGCGCAAAACACCACCACGGGGGGUUUUGGGGGAUUACCGGUUAAUGGAGGUGCUCAUCAACAACAACAUGACAGCAACAACCCCUUCGGCAGUACUGGCUUCUUGUGAUUCGCAUAUUCGUAAAUUUUCUCAAAUGCUUCCAUUUGUUUUAUAUGAUUUGUGAGUAAUAAUAGAAUCACAUCAUCAUCUUUGUUCUUCUUUGAGUCUUGCAAAUCUUGGUCUGCUUAUUAUAUACAGAAAGAACUCAAGGGUGAAUAUAUAAAUGUAAAAUUCAUUUUA